CCGCACCGCGCGCUCAGCUUCCGCGUCCGCGCGAGUUCCUCCCCAAGGAACUCCCGCGCUUUUUGUACACUGCUGGGGCUUGAUCGAUUAUCGCUAUCGUCGUUAUCAUUGGUGCGAUUGAUAAGCGAUUAAUCUCAUCGGAGCGAUGCGCAGGUGCACGUGCGCGGCCCUGGCCGUGCUGCUGGCCAUCGUGGUCCGCUGGUGCGUGGCCCUGAAUGGAUAUUCAGGUGCUGGAAAGCCGCCCAUGUUUGGGGAUUAUGAGGCACAGAGACACUGGCAAGAAAUCACCCUGAACCUGCCCGUCCACGAGUGGUAUUUUAACAGUACGCGUAAUGACCUCCUCUACUGGGGCCUCGACUACCCUCCGCUCACCGCCUACCACAGCCUGCUGUGCGGAUAUGUGGCACGGUGGUUUGACCGGCGCUGGGUGGAGCUGGGGGAGUCCAGGGGACAUGAAGGGAUGGAGCACAAGAUGUUCAUGAGGGCGACCGUCAUGCUGGCAGAUGUGUUGGUGUUUAUCCCCGCUGUCGUGCUCUGCUGCCUGUGGGGGGCGCGUGACCCAUGGCGUCGCAAGAUGUCAGUAUGUGUGUGCACGCUUCUCUAUCCAGGGAUAAUUCUCAUCGACCAUGGACAUUUUCAGUAUAACGGCGUGAGCCUGGGUCUGUCUCUCUGGGCAAGCCUCGCUCUCCUCCAUGGCCGCCCGCUGCUCGCCUCGGUCGCGUUCUGCCUCUCGCUCGCCUACAAGCAGAUGCAACUCUAUCACGCGCCCGCCUUCUUCUGCUUCCUGCUGGCACGCUGCAUCCACUCACGGCCACGCACACGCGGGUUGUUGCUGCUGCUGCGUCUGGCCAUCACCGUGAUCGCCACCCUUGCCGUGUGCUCCGCUCCCUUCCUGAGCGAUCCUCAGCAGCUGCUCCAGAUCCUCGCACGCAUCUUCCCCGUAUCUCGCGGUCUCUACGAGGAUAAGGUCGCUAACGUGUGGUGCAGUCUCUCAGUGGUUUUCAAGAUCCGAAAUAUUUUGAGCCAAGAAGCACAGCUGUUCGUGAGUCUGCUGUCGACGCUACUGUCUCUCUCACCGUCGUGUUUCCUCCUCCUGCGAUCCCCGUCUCUCCUCGGAUUCAAGCUGUGCCUGGUUAUUUCAUCUCUCUCGUUCUUCCUCUUCUCCUUUCAAGUUCACGAAAAAUCCAUCCUCCUGGCCGCUAUCCCAGCCUGCCUACUCCUCUCCGAAUUCCCCCUGGCUGUCACUUGGUUCCUCGUGGUUUCAACGUUCAGCAUGCUACCCCUGCUGCAGAGAGACGGGCUGCUGCUUCCCACCGUGACGAUGACGCUGGGAUUCAUGGUCGCUUCAUGGGGCCUCCUGACCCCAAGGCUAACUCGGCUCUCGCGGGCAGUGCUGGUUGCUUCGUUAGUCUCCAUGGCGAUGCUGCUUGCCGGGAGCUGCCUCGUGUCUGCGCCUGCUCGCUACCCCGACCUCUUCCCCGUGCUCAUCUCGGCGACUUCCUGUUUCCACUUCCUCGUGUUCCUGGCCGUCUUCACUGCGCGGCACGUGCGGACCGUGGCGAUACGCGGGGACACCCAAAAAUGCGGGGACACCCAGAAACGCGUGCGGACACAGUGAGAUGGUGCACUGGAACACGCAGAGAGACACUGGGGGCAUGGCGAAACAUACAGGGGACACGGUGAACGCACGAAAAUGCAAUUGUUGGUGCCGGCUAACCCGAGUGGCUGCCUUGCCACCUGUGGUUCCUCCCGCCUUCGAAUCAUUCUGUCUUUCAGUGAGUGGAUAUUGUGUGCGUUACAAGUCGAAAUGAUUAUUACAAGCAGAAGAUCAUAUACGGUUUUACUUGCUUGCACAUAUUCACACGCAAUCUUAUUGAUACAUUUUAUUGUUCUUUUACAAAUUCUACAAUUCUCAUUCUCCCUCUCUCAUUUAUCACCAGAGUCCUCCACUUUAAAUAAUUGAGCACUACACAUUUUUUACUCGAUGGACCUAAAGGUUGGCCAAGCCCGGUCAGUCACCUCCCAAUUGCUUAAGAAGCAGUCAGAGGUUGGACUCCAGUCUUUGGUGUUGAUGACUGACUCUAGAUGAUUACUCCCAAGUGUCAAGUCAACAGUGGUCAUCCGGUGGAGAUACUGGCCCCUGCCAUGAAAAUGUGGAAUGUUCACCUGUGGUUCAGGCCUCCAAAUUGAGAUGAGCGACAGCCUACACUUGUUUGAGCAGGGGGACACUUUGUUAUUCACAUUUAUGUGUGUGUGUAAAUAGUAAAUCUAAAUAGGCUGUUACUUGGUUGAAGCAUAUCAAUUUCAAGUGAAAAGGGAUCUUGAAUGGGCUCUCGUUUGGUCAAAUAAAGAAACUUGAAUUGGA